ACGUAUCGAAUUUCUCCCAGUGUAGGUUUACAGAGAAAAUGGUAAAAUAUUAUUAACUGAGUAAUUUUAUGCAGAAAUACAUAAUUAUUUCAACAUUUCUGUAAGUACUGUACAUAUAUUUUUAAUAUAUUUUGUUUUGGUUUCCCUGGUAAUAAAUUAUUGUACCUGUAAUUAAAUUCACAUUGGAUGUAAUGCCAUAUUUUUCUGGCGACAGUGACAGAUAUAUAUAUUUCUAUUUCACUUUAUAAAUCAGUAUCAAUUUGACGCAGAUGUUCUUCUACGGAAACGAAACCAUUUUGCCAUAGAAAAGAAAGUAUCCAUUAUCCAUUUUUGAAUAGUGUAGUGAAAAACAAAUUUUGUGUCAUUUGGUGGUAUAUUUACGUAUAUUUUUUAAGAUGCAGGAAAAACUGAUUGUGAAUGUUAAUCAAACAGUGGGAAGCACCUUUUCAACGAAAAUGAAUGAUUCCAUUCCGAUGUCCUCAGUCGGACUGUUAGAGCUUGCUCAUCGUGAGUACCAAGCUGGAGAUUACGAAAAUGCAGAAAGGCACUGCAUGCAGUUGUGGAGACAAGAUCAGACAAAUACAGGUGUCUUAUUGUUAUUGUCUAGCAUUCAUUUUCAAUGUAGGAGAUUAGAGAAAUCAGCUCAAUUUAGUAGUUUGGCAAUUAAACAAAAUCCCCUUCUAGCAGAAGCCUACAGUAAUCUUGGAAAUGUAUAUAAAGAAAGAGGUCAACUCAGUGAUGCUUUGGAAAAUUACAGGCAUGCUGUCAGACUAAAACCAGAUUUCAUUGAUGGGUACAUUAAUUUGGCUGCUGCCUUAGUAGCAGCCGGUGAUAUGGAACAAGCAGUACAAGCAUACAUUACAGCUUUACAAUACAAACCAGAUCUCUACUGUGUUCGUAGCGAUUUGGGUAAUCUUCUUAAAGCUCUAGGCCGUUUAGAUGAAGCCAAGGCCUGUUAUUUGAAAGCUAUUGAGACCAGACCCGAUUUCGCCGUGGCCUGGAGCAAUCUGGGAUGCGUUUUCAACGCUCAAGGAGAAAUCUGGUUGGCCAUUCAUCACUUUGAGAAGGCAGUUGGUCUAGAUCCUAACUUUCUGGACGCCUACAUCAAUCUUGGGAACGUAUUGAAAGAAGCUAGAAUAUUUGAUCGAGCGGUAGCGGCAUAUCUGCGCGCCCUCAACUUAUCCCCCAACAAUGCCGUGGUCCACGGAAACCUCGCCUGUGUCUACUAUGAACAAGGACUUAUCGAUCUGGCCAUUGAUACUUACAGACGAGCAAUCGAACUUCAGCCUAAUUUCCCGGACGCCUACUGUAAUUUAGCCAAUGCACUCAAAGAAAAAGGCCAGGUUUCCGAAGCCGAAGAAUGUUACAACACGGCAUUACGUUUGUGUCCUUCACAUGCGGACUCUCUCAACAAUUUGGCCAAUAUCAAGAGGGAACAGGGUUACAUCGAAGAAGCUACAAGGUUGUACUUGAAGGCUUUGGAAGUAUUUCCCGAAUUUGCUGCAGCUCACAGCAAUUUAGCAUCUGUACUUCAGCAGCAGGGUAAACUGAAUGAAGCACUAAUGCACUACAAGGAAGCUAUUAGGAUUCAGCCUACCUUUGCAGAUGCAUAUUCCAAUAUGGGAAAUACCUUGAAAGAGAUGCAAGACGUAUCUGGAGCCCUUCAAUGUUACACACGCGCCAUCCAAAUAAACCCCGCAUUUGCUGACGCGCACAGUAAUCUAGCUAGUAUCCACAAAGAUUCAGGCAACAUUCCAGAAGCCAUACAGUCGUACAGAACCGCUUUAAAGCUGAAGCCAGAUUUUCCUGACGCAUAUUGUAACCUCGCUCACUGCUUACAAAUUGUCUGCGAUUGGACAGACUAUGAUUCAAGGAUGAAGAAGUUGGUUAACAUUGUCGCAGAUCAGCUAGAGAAGAACCGUUUACCGUCUGUUCACCCACAUCAUUCGAUGUUGUAUCCUCUUUCUCACGAUUUCCGCAAAGCUAUUGCUGCUAGACACGCUAAUUUGUGUUUAGAGAAAAUAAACGUUUUGCAUAAAUUCCCGUACAAGUUUAGCCCGGACCUUAAAAGUAGAUUAAGAAUCGGUUACGUCAGCAGCGAUUUUGGAAAUCACCCAACGUCACACUUAAUGCAGUCGAUUCCUGGAAUGCACGACAAAUCAAAAGUGGAAAUAUUUUGUUACGCUCUAAGCCAAGACGAUGGAACUACAUUUAGAAGCAAAAUCUCGAGGGAAGCGGAACAUUUUAUCGAUCUUUCUUCUUUAUCUUGCAAUGGAAAAGCCGCUGAUCGAAUUUAUUCAGAUAAUAUCCACGUAUUAGUAAACAUGAAUGGAUAUACAAAGGGAGCACGAAACGAGAUAUUUGCUUUAAGGCCAGCUCCCAUUCAAGUGAUGUGGCUGGGAUAUCCAGGUACCAGCGGUGCCAGUUUCAUGGAUUACCUUAUUACCGAUGAAAUUACGUCACCGAUAGAAGUAGCAGAUCAAUACAGCGAGAAGUUGGCUUACAUGCCAUACACAUACUUUGUCGGUGAUCAUAAACAAAUGUUUCCCCAUUUGAAAGAAAGAUUAAUUGUAAGUGAUAGGACGGGACAGAAUUUGGCUGAUAAUGUAGCCAUCAUCAAUGCAACAGAUUUGUCUCCUCUUGUUGAAAAUACAGACGUCAAAGAAAUCAAAGAGAUCAUAAAAGCGGCAAAACCAGUGGAAAUUAGCUUGAAAGUUGCUGAACUACCAACUACGACUCCGAUCGAAAAUAUGAUUGCGUCUGGACAAAUUCAAACUUCGUUGAAUGGAGUAGUUGUCCAAAACGGACUAGCAACAACGCAAACGAAUAACAAAGCUGCUACCGGUGAAGAAGUUCCACAGAAUAUCGUUAUAACAACCAGACAGCAAUACGGCCUACCAGAUGACGCAGUAGUGUACUGCAAUUUUAAUCAGUUGUACAAAAUCGAUCCAGUGACGCUUCACAUGUGGGUGAACAUUUUGAAAGCAGUACCAAACGCAGUGCUCUGGCUGUUGAGGUUCCCCGCAGUCGGUGAACCGAAUUUAUUGAAUACCGUACAGCAUCUGGGUUUACCUACAGAGAAAAUUAUCUUUAGUAAUGUAGCUGCCAAAGAAGAACACGUAAGGAGAGGUCAACUCGCAGAUGUUUGUCUCGAUACUCCGUUGUGCAAUGGACACACGACCAGCAUGGACGUGCUUUGGACAGGAACUCCAGUGGUUACUUUACCUGGUGAAACGUUGGCGUCGAGAGUGGCAGCCAGUCAGUUGAAUACUUUGGGUUGUCCAGAGUUGAUAGCUAACUCAAGGCAGGAAUAUCAAGAUAUUGCCAUUAGACUUGGAACAGACAAAGAAUACUUAAAAGCUAUGCGACACAAAGUAUGGACAGCACGAUCAACUUCACCACUAUUUAACUGCAAGAUCUAUGCACAAGGAUUGGAGUUGUUGUACGGCAAGAUGUGGGAUCGCUUCGCAGCUGGUUUGAAACCCGAUCACAUCAUUGAUACAACUGCCACUGAAUAGUGUCAUCGUUGAACAUGUGAUAAAAUACGUUAACUUUAAUCUCUUCUUUUUAUAGACAAUAAUUUGCAAUUGAGAAAACAUACAUAGUUUCAGUUCCAAGUUGAUACUAAUGUAGUUUUAGUAUGACAUUGACAGUUGACAUUGUAUAUAAAAGAUUUCAGUGACGACAGACGUAUUAUGCAACAGAUUAUUGAGUUGAUGCGAAUUCUUGUUAUGUUAUUCUCGCAGUGAACAUUAUUUUUAUAUAAUUGAUAUCGGCUACGGCUAUCUGUGUGAUUUAUUAUUGUAUAUAUUUCUUAUAGUAUCAAAAAUGUAUAUGUGCGGUUUAAAUUUAAGUUCAAUAUGAUUUAUAUUAUUUAAGUUAUUAAUAAAUUAUAUGCUGUUCAUUUUAUUACUAUGUAAUACAUUUACUUGACAUGUGUAAUUUAAUGCCAUUAUAAUAAAGAUAUAUUUUAAAAAGAAACAAA